CAGCCGAGCGGAGCCGAGCCGAGGCGCGGAGAGCGGUGCGGAGCGGAGCGUGUAGCGGAGGGUUCCGCACGGAGGAGGGAGAGCAUGUCCGGGGGCGGCAGCUGCAGUCAGACCCCCAGCCGGGCCAUCCCCGCCACCCGCCGGGUGGUGCUCAGCGACGGGGCGCAGCUGCCCCCCGGGGACUACAGCACCACCCCCGGAGGCACGCUCUUCAGCACCACGCCGGGAGGUACCAGGAUCAUCUACGACCGCAAGUUUCUGAUGGAGUGUCGCAACUCCCCCGUGGCCAAAACACCCCCCCGGGACCUGCCCAGAAUCCCUGGGGUCACCAGUCCCCAAACCGAUGAGCCCAGCACCGAAACCACCCACCUGCACAGCAGCCAUGAGGACAAGCCAAGCGGCAGUGAGGAAUCUCAAUUUGAGAUGGACAUUUAAAGUGCCGGACAUCAGAAGCAAUAACCCUUCAGCCAAUGGACUCUGCUCAGAGGAGGGUUUGCCGCAGCCAGGCAUAAUGAGGAAUGCCUUCCUGGGGGGGAGGGUUGGGGGAAUGAGGCAGAGUCAGCAUCCUUCCUCCUUUUCACUCAGGGCAGCCACUCCCCCAUUUUCAAGCCAGCACCAAUUGGCAAACCCACAGCUACAUCAAGAUCGACCACGAAUCCCUGCUCCCAAAGGGCAGGAGACAGGGGAACUGCAAGAGCUCUUGCAAAUGAUAAUCAUUCUUUUGGUUUCUUUCUGUUUUAACAUCUGUCCCCCUCCUUUAAUCAGCAACAGCCCACGGUCAAGGCCAGCAGAACAAAGGGAGGAAAUUAAAAAAGACAACCACGGGCUUAAGACUGAGAUCUGAGCCUUGUGAACUUCUCUUCUCAGCUGCCAGUCACCAAGGCCCAUUGCCAGUUUGUCCUAGAGGGCCCUGCUCUCUCCUUGCCAAGUUCUAGUAUUGGCACCACCUCUACUCUAAUACUAGGAUGGGAUUUCCCCUAUUGGAUCAAGAGGUGGGAAAGGAAAAGUUGAAGGCAGGGAAGCCAGGGGAUGUCAUUCACACUAGAAGGUGCCUCCAUAUGAUGAAGUGCCCCGAGGGAACCUCUUUAGGAGCCCUUCCAAGUCGGGAGGGAGAAGGUAAUGCUCGACCUCUACACUGUAAGCUCUUUUGGGCAGGGAACAUGUCUACCAACUCUGUUAUAUUGUAUUCUCCCAAGUGCUUACUACAGUGCGCUGCACACAGUAAGUGCUCAAUAAAUUGAUUGUAAUAAAAGCUGGCAGAUGUUACUCUA